GCCCGACGCGCCCCACUCUCGCGACAUCAUGGUGGCCUACUGGCGACAGGCUGGACUCAGCUACAUCCGAUACUCCCAGAUCUGUGCAAAAGCAGUGAGAGAUGCACUGAAGACGGAAUUCAAAGCAACUGCCGAGAAGACUUCAGGCAGCAGCGUAAAAAUUGUGAAAGUAAAAAAGGAAUAAUCCACCCUGACUUGAAAUGCUACAUUUUCAAGGUGAAGAUGUGUGGGCACAUGUUAUGGCAGAUUGAAAACGAUCUCACUAAAUGGGGGAAAAAAAAUACCUGUCUUGUUCAUAAAUUGACAAUGCUAAUAAAUUGAAGUGUGGUUCACUCUUA